UUCAUCAUUCUAAAGUAUCAUCCAGCAAACUGGUACUAUUACGAGUCGUAAUACGCAUUCUCCUUCUCUUGGUGGUGAGCUUAACAGACAAGGACAAACUGUCAGAGGCAGAAAAGAAACCGCUCCUGGAGAAGCUAACCGACCAACAGAUAGACGACGCCAUCUCUCUCAAUAGACGCUCCCCCCAUCAUGUGGUUAAGAAACAGCGUUGUCUCAGUGGGUCUUGUGGGGCUUUGUGUUAUGGUGGAAGUUCUUGGGUUCGUCCCGGAAGAUGUUUUGAUUGAAGUCAUACGAUCACGUGACCUCGACGAGAAGAUGGUGAACGACUCCAAACACACCAUCGAUGGUUGGUAUGAGGUAGAGUUAGACAACUGUGAGCAAGUGGUUCAUGGGAGGAAGAUUGUCCAGAUGCCGGACGGGACAUACGUGCCUUGUGAUGGUGACACAGACGGCGGACGAUGGACAGUCAUACAGUGGACACACCAGCUCCGGGUAGAUUUUACGACCAAAAAUGGCCGCGACUACAACUUCACCUACAACCUUUUCCGGAUUCUACCGGGGCAACAACAUUUCCGCCUGCAGGUUGCUGAGCCUGAUCCCCCUAGCCCAGAGAGCAAAUCUCUUCUGGAGUUGAACGACAUUGGUUUCACCAAUGCUGACAAGUACAAUGGUCCGAGUGGAAAAAUCUGUUCUAAGAGCUAUUCGAGCGGGUGGUGGUACACGGGCUGUGACGUGGACACAAAAGUGUACCUGAACGGUCAGAAGUCGUUGAAUUGGGUGGACUCGAAGUGGGCGCCGCUCACAGACAAUGACCCAAUUGUCAAAUCGGAGAUGAAAAUACGCAAGCUUGUUUGAUUCCUCGACGGGGAAGGAGGAGAGGAGAGGAAGGGGGAAUGAUGCAGUGAUAAAAUAGGGCUGGCGUUAAAUUUGACUUUGUCGUUAAGUAUGGAAUUAGAUGAAGGCAAUGUCUAUGAUAUGAUGCAUUAAAAAACACGGUUUUGAACUGA